CAUUUCGUGUUUGUGUUGACGAAUGUGGUCGUCACGUGACGCAGCGGAAAGACUUGUUGUAAUGCAUAAGUGCAUAAAGCAAACAUGAAAUAAACUUUAGUUUACGAUUUUUUUCUUUUAUCGAGUGACGUGUGUGACAGGAUUUCUGUGGAACAUGGAUUCGUUUUGGAUUAUACGAUUAGUGGUAUUAAUCACGACUUCCCAGUGUCUUGCGCUAAUCCAGUCCCCACCACAAAUCAUUAAACAACCGCCAACAGAUGAGCUGCUAUUUCAGGUAGCUCAACAACAAAAUGAAAAUGAUAAGCCUUUCAUCAUAGAGUGUGAAGCUGAAGGUGAACCAGCACCUAAGUAUCGAUGGAUCAAGAAUGGAAAACAUUUCAACUGGCAGGCUUAUGAUAAUAGAAUCUCACAGCAGCCUGGAAGGGGCACCCUGGUUAUAACAUCACCCAGAGAUGAAGAUCUAGGCCAGUAUCAGUGCUUCGCUGAGAAUGAAUGGGGCACAGCAACAUCAAACUCAGUUUUUGUGCGGAAAGCAGAGCUUAAUUCUUUUAAAGACGAGCCACCAAUUUCUGUUACUGCGCAGGAGGGAGACCCUUUUAAACUCACCUGCCAUCCUCCUGAUGGAUGGCCAAAACCAAAUGUAUAUUGGCUGAUACAGAAUAAUGAUGGUGGUAUUAAAAGCAUCAAUAACUCCCGUAUGACUCUUGACCCAGAAGGAAACCUGUGGUUUUCAAAUGUGACACGUCAGGAUGCAAGUGAUGACUUCAUGUAUGCUUGUGCUGCAACAUCAUUUUUCAGGAAUGAAUACAAAUUAGGAAAUCGUGUCAUGCUGAAUGUGGAACUGACGGGCUCUUCAGCUGCCCAAAACAGGCACCAACCAGUGAAGCAGUAUGUGACAAGAAAGAAUGAGGUGGCUUUCAGAGGAAAGAAAGUUGAAAUGUAUUGUAUAUUUGGUGGAACGCCUCUGCCCCAAAUAGUCUGGAGUAAAGAUGGCAGACCCAUCCAGCCAUCAGACAGAAUAACACAAGGCAAUUAUGGAAAGAGCUUAGUAAUAAAACAUGUAAAUUACAAUGAUUCAGGUGCAUACACCUGUGAGGCUAGUAAUGGUGUUGGUGAUGCCCAGUCAUAUUCCAUAAAUCUACAAGUUAUGGCUGCACCAUAUUUCACUGUUGAGCCUGAAAUUAUCAAUGCAGCGGAAGAUGAAACUGUAACUUUCCGAUGUGAAGCCGAAGGUGUUCCUGAUCCCCAGAUUAAGUGGAUCCACAAUGGGCGACCAAUCAGUGAGGCACCACCAAAUCCACGCCGUAAAGUCACCACAAAUAGCAUAACUAUUGAGAGGCUUUCAAAAAAGGACACUGGCAACUAUGGAUGCAACGCUACCAAUAGUCAUGGCUAUGUGUACAAAGAUGUGUAUGUUAAUGUGUUAGCUUUGCCACCUGAAAUAACUGAGCCACCACGUAGUGAACAGACAGUGGACGGCAGAACGGUAACGCUGUUAUGCAGGACAUUUGGAGCUCCCAAGCCACAGGUGAAAUGGAUACGUAAUGGAAAGGAGCUAACUGGUGGGAGAUACACUACUCUGGACAAUGGGGACCUGGAAAUAAGGGAUGUUAAUUAUUCAGAUGGGGGUGACUACACAUGUUAUGCAGAGAACAAAUUUGGUCAUCAGGAAGCAUCAGGAAAACUUACAGUCAAAGAGCACACACGGAUUACCACAGAACCUGAAGACUACGAAGUGGCAGCGGGAAUGUCUGCUACAUUUAGAUGCAAUGCUGUUGCUGAUAAUUCACUUCAGCUGACAGUUGACUGGAUGAAGAAGGGUCAGCUGAUUGAUUUUGAAGCAGAACCACGCUUCAUCCAAUCGUCUGAUACAUCUCUUACCAUAACAAAGGCCAUCGAACUGGAUUCAGGCACUUAUACUUGUGUUGCCCGUACAGAGCUGGAUGAAGCAACAGCUUCUGCUACACUCACGGUUCAAGAUGUGCCAAAUCCUCCAGAAUUGCAGUAUGUAACAUGCAGCAAACGAGAAGCUCGUAUUAACUGGAAGCCAAUGGGUGACAACCGUGCUCCAAUUUUACGGUAUAUUAUACAGUAUAACACUAGCUUCACUCCUGAUUCGUGGGAAGUAGCUGUGGAUUCUGUUCCUGCUACUGACAUGUCCUAUACGGUUGGUAUGAGUCCUUGGGCAAACUACACUUUCAGAGUGAUAGCUGUAAACAAGAUUGGUCAGUCACAAGCUUCACAACACUCCCUGAUGUGUUCGACACCACCUGAUGUCCCCUACAAGAAUCCAGAUAAUGUGGAAGGAAAGGGAACAGACCCAAGCAAUAUAGUCAUUAGUUGGACACCAAUGCCUGAGAUUGAACAUAAUGCACCAGGCUUUUCAUACCGUGUGUAUUGGAGACGCAAUAUUGAUGGAACACAGUGGACUUCCAGAGACAUAACAGACUGGCAGCAAUCACAGUUUGAAGUGACAGGACAGCCAACUUUCCAAGAAUACCGUAUUAAGGUUGUUGCCAUCAAUGAAAUGGGAGAAUCAAAUGUCUCCCCUCGGGAGGUCAUUGGGUACUCUGGAGAAGAUGUUCCAACCAUGGCUCCACAGAACUUCACAGUUGAAAAUGUGCAUGAUAGCACUAGUGCCUUACUUAGCUGGAUGCCUGUUCCACCAGAGUCAGUGCGUGGGCACUUCAAGGGGUAUAAGAUUCAGACAUGGACCGAGCGAGAUGGAGAAUCAGCAAUGCGAGAAAUUCAGGUGAAAGGAGAAUCGACACGAACUCUUGUUACCAAAUUUGUGCCACAUUCGAAAAACUAUGCUCGUGUGUUGGUUUACAAUGGCAGGUACAAUGGACCACCAAGUGACACACUUACAUUUCAGACACCCGAAGGAGUUCCAGGGACAGUACAGUAUUUUGAGGCAGUGCCAAUGGGUUCCUCAGCAUUUUAUCUCAUUUGGAAGAAACCUGAACAACCAAAUGGCAUUCUUACAGGCUAUCGAAUUUAUUAUCAGACUGUAGUUGGUACAAAAGUUGGUCCUCUGAUGGAGCGUGAACCUCCAGUCAGAGAUCCAAAGCAGACACGGGCAAAGCUAGCAGGUUUGGAACCAAAUACUAAGUAUCGGCUGCAUAUACGUGCAACAACUGCAGCAGGUGAGGGUGAAGAUUACUUUUUGGAACAGCGUACCAGAGGUCCAGCAGACAUCACACCAGGUGUGCCUCGCUUUACAUGGACUAGAUUACCUUCAGAUAAUGGUUAUGCUUCUGUCCGUGUGAAUUGGGUGCCUGAUAUAGCUGACGGACGACCUGGAUCUCAUUUCUUUGUUAAAUAUAGGCAAAAGGGUGAGACAAUGUUCCAGGAAACCAGCAGAGAGAUGAAUGAAGAUUAUUUAAUUGUAAGAGGCCUAAUACCAGGAGAAAUAUAUGAGUUUGUUGUGGUUUCUGUCGAUGGAGAGCGUCAGACAGAGAGUGAACCAGAAGAGGUGGAGACAUACACUGUUGAAGGUCCAAUCAUCCAGCCUAAGGAAAAUGUGGCUACAGCGGGAUGGUUCAUUGGAAUGAUGCUGGCAAUUGCUUUCCUAUUGCUAGUAUUGGUCAUUGUAUGUAUAAUAAAGCGGAAUCGUGGCGGAAAGUAUGCUGUUCAUGAGAGAGAAGCAGCACAUGGGCGCAGUGACUAUCCGGAUGAACCAGGCUUCCAUGAGUAUUCACAGCCGCUUGAUAACAAGUCACAUGGUCGUGGAUCAACUGCCAGUGAUCAGAAAGCUGCACCAGAAAGUGAUACAGAUUCAAUGGCGGAGUAUGGUGAUGGUGAUACAGAAGGUAUGAAUGAAGAUGGUUCUUUCAUUGGUCAGUAUGGUCGUCAGCAAAGGAAAGCAGAAACAGCAUCAGCGGGUGGCGGAUUUGCUACCUUGGUCUAGGUAUCCUGCAGAGGUAAAUUCACAGAGGAUGGUUCAUUCAUUGGACAGUAUGGACCAGGAAAACGAAGACCAGAAGAUCAACCAACACCAGCGGGUGUGGGAGCAGCUGCCACAUAUGUUUAGCCCUGUUGUGGGCUAAUUCUUCAAGAUCUACUUUGCUGUUCAAUGGGACGUACAGAAUAAACGAAAAUGCAUUUUUCAGUGUGACCGCUUGUGCAGCGUGUGACUGAGAGGUACCACUCGAUGACUAAAUGGAGUGUGGGCAACUUCGAAGCUCCCUCCUGCUGUUGCAUUUGCCACGGUUUUUUGUGCUUCGAGAGUGGUAGUAUAGGUGUUAUUUCAAAAUAUUAAAUAUUAUGAACUGUGUUUUCUAUACAAGAAAUGUCCCUUCUGUUUGCACUUCCUUCUUACUCUUGAAGUACUGCAACAGCUGUUUACUUUCUUGUUAAUGUACAGUCCAGAUUAUCAGUAUGUUAGAAAAUUGUUGUGAAUGGGCUACGAAGACUGCUAUAGUGCGCUGACAUUUUCUUCAUUAUGUGAGAAAAACACAGAAUCUUGACUUCAUAUCUGCAUUUAAAAAUGUGGUCACUUCCUGCAGCUGCCACAUAAAACUGUAUCAGAGAAAUAUGUUUUUACAUAUUUAUUUGUCAUCCUAGCCAGCUACCUAAUUGUUACUGAGUUGGACACAGUUUUCUAUGCAAUUCUGAAUCUGGUGGCUGGUCAGUGUCAUGGGACGAAUGUGAACUGAAGUGUGAAGUAAGAUGGCAGGUUGAAGAAAGUGGUGGUGCUCUUGUAGCCCACCAGUUUGUCUCGUGAUGCAGUUGUUACAUAUUUAGUGUGUGCAUGUUGAUGUCUACUAGCUGGUGCUGCAUGUACCACGCUAUAAAUUAAGUGCAUUAAUAUUCCUGGCUGUGUCAGAUGUUGCACCACUGUUAGGUAUGUUGAUUUGUGAACUGUUGGUUUACUGAUAGGUCAAAAAGUGGAAGGGUUACUUAUAAAAUGUGAUUCCAUGACCAUGUCCAUGGGCAGUGAUACGGAGUGUUAAGCGCUAAUUAUGCUUUUUUUCUUUGCAAAAAAAGAGCGCUAUAAUUGUAUGUUUCCUAAAAGACCAUUAUACAUCGGCAUAAUGUGAAGGCUUAUAAAUGUAAUUUGAUGAUGUCUUGUUCUGACAUGGUGUGCCUGAUGUUGAAGCUUAGGUUAAAAAAUAAGGUUAUUUCAAGCACGAGACAGGUUGGUGGCCUACUUGAUGUUAAUUGAAUAAUAUAAAUGUUGUUAUUCGCUGAGAUGUUUUUGCUUCUGUAAAGGUUGUUUAUUUUUGCACUAUUAUUACUUGCGUAAGCACAGUUGCACGAUAGAUAAGGUGGCAGCUUUGUCGGUUGUGUGAGUAGUUCGCAUGCUUGCAAAAUAACUCUGUUGCUUAUUGGAAUUUCACACUUUAUAUCUUUGUUAUAUUUGUAGUAUACUCAAUUAUUGCUGACCAUCUUCAGCAGCAACAACACAUGCUGUUGUACUGCGGUAUAUAAGCUCAGUGCUGAAAUUACUGAUCUCUUGCCUUUGAGUUUCCAAUUUUUAAUCUCCAACACCAUUGUUUGUGUACAGUGGGUUUGAUUGUACAGACACCUGAAAGAAAUUUCAGUGUGCAGAAUAUGAAUCUCACAAACCAUCUUUGAUAUAAUUGCACCACAUUGUCUUGUAACAGAAAGUUGAUUUAAGAACUAUUGUAGUGGGGAAGUUAUAUUGAUUUCCCCUAUAAGAAGAGACCUUUAUUAUUUUUCUCUUGUAUUUUUGUAUGCUUGCAGAUGAUUUUGAAUAUGCAGCAUUAUUUUUUUAAAGUGUACUGAAAUUGCAGCAAUAUGUUGGUAUUGUAGCAGCUGCAAUAGUUUCUUUGACACUCUGAAAGUAUUGCACAAUUCUUGUUACGUGGUAACAGUGAAAAUUAAGUAAUAUUUUUGUAUUUGCAGAGCAUCCAUGUCCAUUGCAAUCCUUUAGCUGUGUGACAUAAAUAUAAUUACUGAUUUAACUGCUAAUGCUUUCUUCAACUCAGCAUUUAGCAUCUAAUGAUUGAAAAUGCUUCUGGCUGUCAUUACUGUGGUUCAAACUGUUUCAAAUAUCUAACUUGGUGUGUUUUAUUUGAUUAAAAUUUAACAUUAUAAGUUAGUCAGUUGUAAAUAUUUAUGUCAUUACAGCACCAGUAUAAGCCUACAUUAUAUGUAGACAGUGGGAUUGCGUUUCAGAAUACUUAAUUAUGUGAGGUAAUGGAUCUGUUGUGGGGUGGUAUCUCCUGAUGACACUGACAGGAGACCUUGUGAACUAACUAAUGAUCUGUUCUGUUCUAAGUAUUAUUAAUAAUUUCUAUAAGUUAUUUUAAUUUUUUAUGAUAGUUGCCAGGCAACUGUAAAGUCAUCAUUCCCAGCUUAACACCCACUCUGAGUGAAAUUAUUUUAUAUGUGUAUUUUUAUUUUAUUUUUGUCUACAGCCACAAAUAUUAAAUACAAAAUGAGGAAAAAAAACUUAA